GAACGCUAGUGUUCAGAGCCGGUGUGUUUUAUUUCUCUUGACGCGGCUGGGAGACCCAGGUACAAAACAUGGUGACAGAGGUACAAACGUGCCAAACUCCGCUCGCCAUUAAGGCGCAAUCAAUGAUCUGAUUGCCAACCCCGCUAGAGAUGAGAGAAAACACAUUGUCGGACAACUGGAAAGCGUGGAAAGCGGAUUGGCUGGAAUUCGCGUCGUUGAUUCAGUUGGAAGAAUAUCCAAGACCAUACCAGUUGGCAAUGUUCAGAUACUCCAUCGGCUCUGAAGUAAGUCGGAUAAUGGAGGCCUGGGAUCUACGAGACAAUGAACCGGAUGUUUUGGAAAUGAUCGAGGGUUUCGAAGGAUACUGUGAAGAUCGAUCGUAUUUUUUAUUCAUUGCCGUCGAGUGGCUGAGAAUGGUUCAGUCGAGCCUAAAAGCGAUCAACAGUUGCAAGAGCGAUUACCAAAUAACGUGGAAAAGAAAGAAGAUCAACAAUGCCUUUCUGCAAGACCCGAGAUUCAAGGAUUACCAGUACCGUCAAGAGUUAAUUCAAGAGGCGCCGUGAGUACGUUGCUCGAGAAACAAUACAUCGGAAUGCAGUGUAGUGUGAAACACGGUGGUCACAAAAUUCGGAACGACUUCAUGGUGCACCCAAAGGGAAAGGCUGUGGUGGACGCUCGCGAAAAAGCAAACAAUAGACUUGUCGAAGUCAAAGUAACACAUGAGGAUCCUUAUCUAAGGCUACUGGGAAGGAGUACGCGUUCUACCGAAUUCGGCAGCAGUCCAGUGCAGCUUCAAUUCAGACACAGAGUAAACAGCAAGCUCACCCGCAGUGGGCGAGGAGAUAGAAAAAGCAACACAAACCUGCGAAAAAGAAAGGAUGUGAUAGUGGUUGAAGGCUGAGGCGGAGGAACUCGGCUACCUCAGUGCAAUCGACCAGGCGAUUGAUCGAGUGGUCUACUGAGUUUUUAACUAUACAGCUAGUUUUACUUUUGCCUUAGAAUUGUGAAUAGAACGC